AUGGAGCUGAAAAGAUCCGUCACAUUCCUCCAUGAUGGACCACCACCUCGACGGAGUUUGGGUUCCAUCUCUGGUCUACAGUAUGGCUCGCUGGUGAACAGUUUAUCCUCACUUGCACCAAUAACAAACGAAACACCUGCCAUAUCACGUCGAAGAUCCUUCAUAGCAGUGGCUGUGCUCUGCUAUGUAAACCUACUGAACUACAUGGAACGAUACACAAUUGCAGGUGUACUUCUCAACAUACAGACAUUCUUCAAUAUAAACGACAGUACAGCUGGAUUACUGCAGACAAUUUUUAUCUGCAGCUUCCUGCUGACAGCUCCUCUCUUCGGUUACCUCGGCGACCGCUACAAUCGCGUAUAUAUCAUGGCCGCUGGUUUGAGUGUCUGGCUGUUAACUGCAACUGGCAGCUCUUUUGUUCCUAAAUCGUAUUUUUGGCUUCUGGUGUUGUUACGAGGCCUGGUUGGAAUAGGCGAAGCAAGUUACUCCACUAUCGCGCCCACCAUUAUUGGGGACCUUUUCACUGGGGGACAACGGACCAUCAUGAUCGCUGCUUUCUACAUCUUCAUCCCUGUUGGAAGUGGUCUUGGGUAUAUAACUGGAUCUUCCAUAGCCAGCCUCACUGGUGACUGGCACUGGUCUCUCAGGAUAACUCCCAUUUUGGGUGUAGUUGGACUGAUUUUAGUCCUGUUCUUAUGCCCAAACCCCCCCAGAGGCGCUGCAGAAAACAACCAACACGGUGUUAAUGGUCGGAGCUCUUACCUGGAAGACAUCAAGUAUCUUUUGAAAAAUAAAAGUUACAUAUGGUCAUCUCUGGGAGUGACCGCAAUGGCCUUCCUGACUGGAGCUUUGGCUUUCUGGAUGCCCAGUUUUCUGUACAGAGCUCAGGUCUCUCAGGGACUUCAACCACCAUGCACGAAAGGGUCCUGCAACUCCAUAGACAGUUAUAUCUUUGGCGCCAUCACAGUGGUCUCGGGAAUUCUCGGAGUGUGUAUCGGCACUGGUUUGGCUAGGUGGUUGCGAAACAAAGUGCCCAAUGCAGAUCCUCUCAUCUGCGCUGGAGGCAUGCUAGGAUCUGUCCCGUGCCUCUUUAUUACCAUCUUUGUGGCAACCGCAAGCAUUCCAGCUACUUAUGUCUUCAUUUUCAUAGCUGAGGUCCUAUUAUCACUUAACUGGUCCCUUCUGGCUGAUAUGCUACUGUAUAUUGUUGUACCCACUAAAAGGGCCACAGCGGAGGCUCUUCAGAUUACAGUUUGUCACCUUCUAGGGGAUGCAGGGAGUCCUUAUCUAAUCGGAGCGAUAUCUGACGCAAUACAUAGUUCCAAGCCUUCAUCCACCGAAUGGAGCUUCUCAAGUCUUCAGUACAGCUUCCUUAUUUGCCCUUUUGUCGGUAUCCUCGGAGGGGUUUUCUUCCUCAUGACUGCUCUUUACAUCAGUGAUGACAGAACGGCAGCUCAGCAGCUAACUAUAGAUCCUCCGCAGCAAUGUCCUACACACGAGCCCACUGCGGAGAUGACCAACGUACCAAAUAAAUAA